UAAUCUCGUCCGCAUAAGUCUCAGAGUCGCCGCCUCGUCCGUAUCUCAACAGACCCCCGGCACAACAUUUAUUCACCAUGGCGGACUCCAUGAACGACGAGACUAAGCUGAUGCUACGGAAGGCCUUCGCUAUGUUUGACGAGAACAAGACGGGCUUCAUACAGACAGACAAGCUACUGGGUAUACUCGGUGAUCUGGGACAGCAAGUGGACCCGGAUGAGUUGAGGACAGCUAUUAAACAGAUGGAUGUGGACGGGUCGGCUGUGGCGGAGGGUAAGCUCACCUUCGAUCAGUUCGUCAAUAUCGUCGGCUGUUUCAUGGAGGACGAGGACGAUGAAGCCAUGGCGGAGGAGUUGAAGGAGGCCUUCAGAAUGUACGACAAGGAAGGUAACGGCUACAUCACCACGCAGACGCUGAAGGAGAUCCUGAAGGAGCUAGAUAAUAAGUUGACUAGCGAGGACCUGGACGGUAUUAUUGAAGAGGUUGAUGAGGAUGGUUCAGGCACUGUCGAUUUUGAUGAGUUUAUGGAGAUGAUGACGGGAUAAAACAGAACUGAUGAAGGGAACAAGUGAUAGAGAGAACUAAAAGUAACCCUAUUUUUGUAAGUCCAGCGAGUAUCGUCAACCUUUUCAACUGUACAACAAACCAAUAUCAUAUUCUUCUCGUUAUUUUUGGCUGGAUUGAGCUAGACCAAAGCCCGCCCUGCCUGACGUGACGUAUAAAACUUGUCGCACAAGUGGGAUUAUUUUCUCAAACACGAUUUCACGCAGGCAAUGGUCAAGUCUCGUGUACAUUUACCUGACAAAAAAUAUUCAAAGAAAUCAAUGCAUACGCUUUCUGGAUCAUUUGAGGAAUUUCCAACCCAGGUUAUUUCCCCUAAAAAAUAACCACCUUAACGCAAACCUAACCACCCCAGGUUAUUUUCCUUAAAAAAUAUCCACCUUAACGCUAACCUAACCAAACCUAACUAAACGUUAACUUAAACUAAACGCUAUCCUAACCUAACGCCAACCUGGUCUAACCUAGCUAACGCUAACGUAACCCAAUCUAAUCUAGCCUUACCCAACGCUAACCUAACCUAACGCUAACCUAAUCGAACCUAAUCUAACACUAACCUAACUUAAUCUGACCUAAUCUAACGCUAACCUAAUCUAAUCUAUCGUUAAAUUAACCUACCGCUAACCGAAUCCACCUUCAUCUAACACGAACCUAACUUAAUCUAAUCUAACUUAAUCUUACACUAACCUAACCUUUUCUAAUCUAACGCUAAUCUAACCUAACC